GAUGAUUGAUGAAGAUGGUUAAGUGAAACUUGGAUUCCAAGGAACUCAUCUGGCAAAUACAGCGCAGCUAUGACAACACCAGCACGGAACAACCAUGCCUCUAGCGUGCAGAUUCAAGAACCAAGAACAAGAUCUCCUCUUCAUCCUCCUUCUCCAAUCGCCUUCAAGGAACAACAAGGUAGACCACCUUCCACAACACAACAAACAAUAGCAGGAAAACUAUUUAGAAACCUCUUCAAGGGUCUCCUCUUCUCACAACUGACCUUAAUCUCACUCUUGGUGAUAGUCCUCACAAUUCGCGGUCUCAUCUUAGCAAGUUCACACCAUUUCCACCCCAAGAAAUGGUAUCCUCCUUUACUAGCAUCAGUAGCUGUCUCGGGAGUUGCAUCUUUAGCCUGGCAAUGUAUCUUUAUCUACACUCCACCAAGAGCAGUCAGAGCAACGUUCUGGCUUAGUCCAAUACUCACAUGCUCUGUCGGUAUCUUGCUUGUUCUCAUUGGCUCCGCGGUAGAUGCAGGGGUCGGUGCUGUAUUUGUACUCUUCGCCAUUACUCAGUCUCUUUACGGUUGCUGGAUCACUCCGAGGCUUGAAUACACGGACAAGAUAUUAUCACUCGCCACAGCUUUUCCACCUGCAAGAACCAGAGAAGUAGCCACUUUAUCAAUCUUCACAAGUGUGGUUUACUCUUGUUUCUUGGUGACUGGCAUAGGAGGAGCAACUUCCACUAGAACAAGUCUAGAUCUCUUGUUCAUAUCCGUAAUCUUGAUAAGCUUAGCAUGGACCAUGCAAGCUCUCAAGAAUGCACAACAAGUUGCUAUUUCGCGAGCGAGAUACGUAAACUUUGCAUACGGAGAGGAUAUGGAUGCUUGGAGUGCGUUACACGUCACAGUGAAACACUUGAUAGGGAGCAUCUGCAUUGGCUCGACGCUUGUUCCGAUCAUCGUACUCAUCAGAGGAUCCAUCAGAAGCGUUAAUCUAAUGUCAGGGAGCAGCGACGAGGUCAUGUAUACAGGUGCUGACUGCUUCUCCACACUUGCCAACAAGCUGGUUACAUGUGGAAACAGAUGGGGCUUUGUACACGUGGGAACCUACGACAAAGGGUUCGUGGAGGCUUCGAGUGAUACGUGGAAGAAGUUCAGAAGUAACAAUGGGUUAGAGAAAGUGAUUGAUUCGGAUCUCACUAGCUCCUUGUGCUUCCUAAGUGCUGUUUCUGUUGGAGCAGUCUCUUCGUUGACCGCAGGGAUAUGGAUGUUGCUGAUCCACAAGGACUAUGCCUUUGAAGUGACGCUCUACGCUUUCGUUAUUGGAUAUUUUGUGGGAAGGGUAGGUUUGGCGUGGCUACAAGCGUGUGUGUUGGCUUACUAUGUAGCUUACUCUGAAGAUCCUCGGAACAUGCGGUUCGACGGUACGAUUCCUCAACGUAUUCAGCGUCUUCAGGUGUUAAGGGCUCACCGAGAUAACAGGGAGCAGCAUGAGGUGGGGAGGGAGAGACGAGAGAGUGAUUGAGUCUCCAUGAGAUUCAUAACAAACAUGGGAUGGGAAAAAAAAUGAUUAGUACUUUUAUUUUUCAAGAUUAUAGAUUCUAUUGAUAGGAAAGUUAGAUUCAAUGUGUUCAUAUGCCAUGUGGAUAGUAUCCUUAUUCUUCCUAAAUAUCUAAAA